CCAUGUGAAAGGGAAACCAACCCACCAAGCCAGCACUACAGCACUAUUAGCAGUCUAGCAGACAGCAGCCUCUCUCUCUAUAUAUACCACACCCAACACAACCACCAUUUCCAUCACCCCAUCUUGUCUCAAUUUGAUUAAAAUCUGGAGAUGGGUUUUCUGUAUUUACUCUGUUUGUGUGUUCUGUUGUUGUUGCAACAAUCAUUGGCGGGACAAGAUUACUACAAUGGGAGCAGAGCAUUGAGAGGGAGGAAGCAAUUGAGUGGGUGUAAUUUGUUUCAAGGGAAAUGGGUUUUUGAUGCUUCAUAUCCUCUCUAUGAUUCCUCUGCUUGUCCCUUCAUAGAUGAUGAAUUUAACUGCAAAAAGUAUGGUAGACCUGAUGAGCAGUAUCUCAAGUAUGCUUGGAAGCCAGACUCCUGUGACAUACCCAGAUUUGAUGGAGGGAGAUUAUUGACAAUGUGGAGAGGGAAGAAGAUAAUGUUUGUGGGUGACUCACUGAGUCUGAACAUGUUUGAAUCGUUAUCAUGUAUGAUUCAUGCGUCGGUGCCAACUGCAAAGACCAACUUUGCUAAGAGGGACUCAUUGUCUUCUGUGUCCUUUGAGGACUACGGAGUAUCUAUUUUUUUGUACAGAACACCAUACUUGGUUGAUAUAGUUAAAGAAGAUGUUGGUAGAGUGCUCUGGCUAGACUCCAUUGAAGCUGGAAAAUCAUGGAAAGACAUGGACAUGUUGAUCUUCAACACCUGGCACUGGUGGAUACACACCGGAAAAUCUCAGCCAUGGGACUACAUUAGAGAUGGGAGUGGACUGCAUAAAGAUAUGGAUCGAUUGGAAGCAUUUCAGAAAGGCUUGAUAACAUGGGCUAAAUGGGUUGAUCUCAAUGUUGAUCCUGCUAAAACCAGAGUCUUCUUCCAGGGGAUUUCUCCCACCCAUUAUCAGGGGAAGGAGUGGAAUCAACCACAGAAGAGCUGCGACGGCGAACUGGAGCCGCUAUCGGGGUCUACUUAUCCAGGAGGAGCACCACCAGCAGCUGCAGUGGUGAAUAGAGUGUUGACCUCAAUUAGAAAACCAGUUUAUCUGCUUGACAUAACAACUCUCUCACAACUAAGAAAAGAUGCUCACCCUUCUAUUUACGGUAACGACCAUUCAGGCAAUGACUGCAGCCAUUGGUGCCUUCCUGGACUGCCUGAUACUUGGAACCAGCUUCUAUAUGCAGCUAUUGUCAUGUGAAGGUCAAUACUAAGCAAAAGCUUAUAGUUUUUCAAAUAUGUUUUCUUUGUACAUUUAUGAAGGGACAAAAGCCUCUCAUUAAUUCACUUCCGGUAGAUGAUACAAACAAGGGGGGGUUAAAUCAGUUGUAAAGUGAUUGAUUUCGUUGACCAAGGCAAUAACAUAUAGAUAGGAUGGUGAUA